GCAAGUGCAAAGAACAGUGCAUUGGAGCCAUAUCAACUUGUUGACAGCUGACCGACUGACAUCAUGGGCAAAGUCAUCUUCUACGAGGACAGGAACUUCCAGGGUCGCUCUUAUGAGUGCAUGAGCGACUGUGCUGACAUGUCCUCCUACAUGAGCCGCUGUCACUCUUGCAGAGUGGAGAGUGGAUGCUGGAUGAUGUAUGAUCAUCCCAACUACAUGGGAAAUGGGUAUUUCUUCAGGAAGGGCGAGUACGCUGAUUACAUGUCUAUGUUUGGAAUGAGCAACUGCAUCAGGUCCUGCCGUAUGAUCCCCAUGUACAGGGGAUCCUACAGAAUGAGGAUCUACGAGAGGGAGAACUUCAUGGGUCAGAUGUACGAGAUGACGGAUGACUGUGACAGCAUCAUGGACCGUUACCGCAUGUCUCACUGCCAGUCCUGUCAUGUGAUGGACGGCCACUGGCUCAUGUAUGAGCAGCCCCACUACAGAGGCAGGAUGUGGUACUUCAGGCCUGGAGAGUACAGGAGCUUCAGCAAUAUGGGUGGCAUGAGAUUCAUGAGCAUGAGGCGUAUCAUGGACUCCUGGUACUAAUGUUUUAGCACUGUAAUAAAUUAAUUUCUCUGUAAAAAUAAAAUGUAAGAAAAUGCCAUGAAACUCA